CUUUUGUCAAUUAUGUGCUGCUCAAGUCCUAGCCGGCCAGAGGAAAGGAGGGUUUCUAACCAAAGUUGGGGUUGACAACGUGAUUGAACAGUUGGGUAACAUGGGGAAAGUAGUGACUCCACUUCAAGUUAAGAACAAAUGGGAUCAUCUGAAAAAAGGGUGGAGGGAUUAUAACCAGUGUUUUGACAAUGAGACUGGGUUGGGUUAUGACCCGGGAACUGGGAUGCUUCAUGCCCCUGAUGAGUGGUGGACUCGAAAGAUUGCGGAAUGUCCCCUUGCAAAAACCUUUAAAAAUAAAGGUUUGCCGAAUCGUGACUUCAAAAACAUCAUGUAUGGAGGCACGGUUGCAACAGGAAAAAAUGCGUUUUGCACGAGCGGUCAAUUACCAAAGGAAACCACCGAAGGUUCUGGGGACUCUGCUGAUAGCACAGAAUUUGUUGACCCCCAAUGUGAACCGUUUGUGAAUGUUGACACAAUGGAGGUUGAAGGUCCAUCAUUGUCGAGGGUAGAACCAGCAGUGAGUAAGGGGAAAGGCUUGGCAACCAGUGUCCACCUUUUCAAGCCAAUGUACAAGAAAUAAAAAAAAAAAGCCUUCAGUUGCGCAAGAGAUGUCCGAAUCUUUGAAGAGCAUCUCAAAUGUGAUUGUUCAGAGUAGAAGUGGAAGUACACAUAAGGAUAUUGCUUCCACAGCAACUACUCAAGUUAAAACCAUUUUGGACAUGGUGUUGAGUCUUCCAGGGGUGUACUCGGGGCAUUACCUUCAUCUGUUUAGCACCAUCUACUUCAUGGAAAAAGAGUGGGGUAGGCACAUGUUUCUUGCCCUUGGCGAUGACAAGGAUAUCAAACUGAAGUGGCUAGAAAAAGAGUACCAAAGGCACCCUGAAUUCCAUAUUGACUGAAGGAAAGAAAAUUGUCUCGAUAGGAACACGGGCUUGGUGUAGCAAUUGUAUUUUCAGCGUUGUACUUGUUGGACUAUUGUUUUUUUUUUUUUUUUUUUUAGGCGUAGAACUAAAGCUUACCAUGGCUGUGUAUGUAAGACAAAAUUUAUCAUUUCUAUGUCAACUUUUGGGUAUAUUUAUAUA